UAUUUUCAGGAAUGGAAGAAGCCAGUCUGUGCCUUGGAGUGUCCUCGGCGGCGCCGGAAGCUGAGCCCCAUCUGAGCGGCCCCGUCCUCAACGGCCAGUAUGCCAUGAGUCAGAAGUUGCACCAAAUCACCUCCCAGCUCAGCCAUGCCUUCCCUGAGCUCCAUCCGCGGCCCAACUCUGAGGAGAAGACCCCCGCGCCCCUCGACGAGAAGGCCCAUGUGCCCAUGAGCGGCCAGCCCAUGGGCAGUCAGAUGGCGCUCCUGGCCAACCAGCUGGGCCGGGACGUGGACACCAGCCUCAACGGGAGGGUGGACCUGCAGCAGUUCCUCAACGGGCAGAACCUGGGCAUCAUGUCCCAGAUGAGCGACAUCGAGGACGACGCCCGCAAAAACCGCAAGUACCCGUGCCCGCUGUGCGGCAAGCGUUUCCGCUUCAACAGCAUCCUCUCCCUGCACAUGCGCACUCACACCGGCGAGAAGCCCUUCAAGUGCCCGUACUGUGACCACCGGGCGGCGCAAAAGGGGAACCUCAAGAUUCACCUGCGGACCCACAAGCUGGGCAACCUGGGGAAGGGGCGCGGGCGCGUGCGCGAGGAGAACCGCCUGCUGCACGAGCUGGAGGAGCGGGCCAUCCUGCGGGACAAGCAGAUGAAGAGCAGCCUGCUGCAGCCCCGGCCCGACCUGAAGCCCCUGCCACACGCCCAGCAGGCCCCGCUGGCCGCCUGCAACCUGGCCCUGCCCGCCAAUCACAGCGUGUCGGACGUGGCCAACCCAGUGCCCUCGCCCAAGCCGGCCAGCGUGCAGGAGGAGGCGGUGGCCCCAGCCGCUGGCUUCCGCUGCACCUUCUGCAAGGGCAAGUUCAAGAAGCGGGAGGAGCUGGAUCGCCACAUCCGCAUCCUGCACAAGCCCUACAAGUGCACGCUGUGCGACUUCGCGGCCUCGCAGGAGGAGGAGCUCAUCAGCCACGUGGAGAAGGCCCACAUCACGGCCGAGUCGGCCCAGGGCCAGGGCCCCAACGGCGGCGGGGAGCAGUCAGCCAACGAGUUCCGCUGCGAGGUGUGCGGGCAGGUGUUCAGCCAGGCGUGGUUCCUAAAGGGCCACAUGCGGAAGCACAAGGACUCCUUCGAGCACUGCUGCCAGAUCUGCGGCCGGCGCUUCAAAGAGCCCUGGUUCCUGAAGAACCACAUGAAGGUCCACCUCAACAAGCUGUCGGUGAAGAACAAGUCCCCCAGCGACCCCGAGGUGCCUGUGCCCAUGGGCGGCAUGUCCCAGGAGGCCCACGCCAACCUGUACUCCAGGUACCUCUCCUGCCUGCAGAGCGGCUUCAUGGCCGCAGACAAAGCCAGCCUGAGCGAGCCCAGCCAGCUCUAUGGCAAAGGCGAUUUGCCCAUGAAAGAGAAGGAGGUGGUGGGGAAGCUGCUGUCCCCCAUCUCCAGCAUGGCCCACAGCGUCCCCGAGGGCGACAAGCACUCCCUCCUGGGCUGCCUCAACCUCGUGCCGCCGCUGAAAUCCAGCUGCAUCGAGCGGUUGCAGGCGGCUGCCAAAGCCGCCGAGAUGGACCCCGUGAACAGCUACCAGGCUUGGCAGCUCAUGGCCAGGGGCAUGGCCAUGGAACACGGCUUCUUGUCUAAAGAGCACCAGCUACAGCGCAACCACGAAGACACUUUGGCAAACGCUGGAGUUCUGUUUGAUAAGGAGAAGCGGGAGUACGUGUUAGUGGGAGCAGAUGGCUCCAAGCAGAAAAUGCCUGCUGAUUUGGUUCACAGCACUAAAGUGGGCAAUCAGAGGGACCUGCCAAAUAAGCUCGACCCUUUAGAAGGCAGUCGGGAUUUUUUGUCCCACGGGCUGAACCAAGCUCUCGAGUACAACCUGCAGGGUCCCGGGAGCCUGAAGGAGAAGCCCACCGAGUGCCCGGACUGCGGCCGGGUGUUCCGCACCUACCACCAGGUGGUCGUGCAUUCCCGUGUCCAUAAGCGGGACCGCAAGGGCGAUGAGGACGGGCUGCACGCGGGUCCCGAUGAGCGGCGCGGCUCGGGCAGCGACCAGGAGUCCCAGUCCGUGAGCCGCUCCACCACGCCCGGCUCCUCCAAUGUGACCGAGGAGAGCGGGGUCGGAGGUGGGCUCUCCCAGCCCGGGAGUGCCCAGGAGGACAGCCCACACCCCUCCUCGCCGUCCUCCUCAGACAUUGGCGAGGAGGCUGGGAGAUCUGCCGGCGUCCAGCAGCCCGCGCUGCUUCGCGACAGGAGCCUGGGCUCGGCCAUGAAGGACUGCCCGUACUGCGGGAAAACCUUCCGAACCUCCCAUCACCUAAAGGUCCACCUGAGGAUACACACAGGUGAGAAACCCUACAAAUGUCCCCACUGUGAUUAUGCGGGCACCCAGUCAGCAUCCUUAAAAUACCACCUGGAACGGCACCACCGGGAGCGGCAGAACGGAGCGGGACCGCUGUCCGGGCAGCCCCCGAACCAAGACCACAGGGAGGAGCUGGCCAGCAAAGCUGCUCUGUUCAUCCGGCCGGAUGUCCUGAGGGGGGCGUUUAAGGGUCUCCCCGGAAUCGACUUCAGAGGCGGCCCUGCAUCUCAGCAGUGGACAUCGGGAGCGCUCUCGUCCGGAGAUCACCCGGGCCAGGCCACUGGCAUGUCUUCUGAGGCCCCUUCCGAUGCUCUGAAAGGUACCGACCUUCCUUCCAAAAGCACCCACUUCUCUGAAAUCGGGAGAGCUUAUCAAAGUAUCGUGAACAACGGUGUGAAUUUCCAAGGGUCCUUGCAAGCAUUCAUGGACAGCUUUGUCCUAAGCUCCUUGAAGAAGGAGAAGGACAUGAAGGACAAAGCCCUCUCGGACCCUCCUUCCAUGAAGGUCCACGGGACGGACGGUGGCGAGGAGAAGGCCGGUGGCAAGGUGGUCCCCAGGAAGUCGGAGAAGUCUCAGUACGAGCCGCUGGACCUGUCGGUGCGGCCCGACGCCGCCUCCCUCCCCGGCUCCUCGCUGACUGUGCAAGACAGCAUCGCGUGGCACGGCUGCUUGUUUUGUGCUUUCACGACGUCCUCGAUGGAACUGAUGGCCCUUCAUCUCCAGGCCAACCACCUGGGCAAAGCGAAACGCAAAGAAAACGCCGUCGGGGUGACGGUCAAUUGCAAAGACCAGGGCCGGGAGGCGAGUAAAGCGGCCCUGCUGUCCUCGGUACAAUCAAGCAAAGAGAUGGCGCUUCCCAACCUGAUGGGGGCGCUAGACUCGGCCUCUGAGAAGAUGGCCCCGGGACAGGUCAAGGAGACGCUGGGGGAGCAGAAGGGGGGCCCGUGGCCCAGCCACGUGGACCCCGCGUUCUGUAACUUCCCCUCAGACUUCUACAAGCAGUUCGGUGUGUACCCGGGCCUGCUGGGCUCCGGGGCCUCCAGUUCCUGCCCCACCCGGGAGCCCGACGGGAAGGCCCCCUCGGAGGACGACGCCCCGAUCCUGAUCCCCGAAACCACAAGUAAGAACGCUACUGAUGACCUCUCGGACAUCGCCUCCUCCGAGGACAUGGACUCGUCCAAGGGAGAGAACAACGAGGAAGAGGAUAUCGACACGGAGCCGGAGGUGAUGAGCAAGCCGCCCGCCCUCAGCAAGGACGGCGGCGGCGGCGGCGGGGAAGGCAGGGAUGCCCUGCUGCCCGCGGGCGCCCCGCAGCCCGUGCAGGGACUGGUCUCCCCUCUCUCCCAGGCGUCGGAGAAGCAGUGGCACAGCCCGGGCCUUCUUCCAGCCCAGGACCCCGCGGCGGGCCUGCCCAAGCCGGAGCGGGGGCCCCAGGGCCUGGAAAAGCCGAUGAACGUGCUGUCGGUUCUCAGGGCCUACAGCUCCGAUGGCUUAGCAGCCUUUAACGGACUUGCAAGUAGCACAGCAAAUUCUGGAUGUAUCAAGAGGCCAGACUUGUGUGAUCUUCUGUGCCAAGCCCAGGUUUCAAAUACGUAGUGAUUAUCUCCUAUUACUUAGCGCUGAUCAACAGCACCUCUCCAUCUAAUUGCCAACCUGCUCUAAUCACUGAGACUAUUCUUGCUUUAGCCAGAGACGGAAGGACCAACUUUUAUAAAUAUUGCUUUAUUGUCCUUAUUCCAUUAAACAAUCAGGGACUGUGGCCCUGCCCUUGCUGUCAAAUGCCUCUGGCCCACACGGUUUCUGGAUUGUUUAAUGAAUCUGCACAUUUUCUUGCAGGUAAGUGACACCCCCUGUUCUAGUCGGUCUAGCUGGACUUGCCCUUGUCUGUUCGUGCACCUCGGUGGCUAUCUGCAGCUUGUAAAUCGUGUAAAGUCAAGAGAAGAAUGUAUACACAUAUGUGUGUUGAAUAAAUAAUUACCAUUGGCAUAGGUAUGUGUAUACACAUGGCACACCAACCUACAGCGUAUAUAGCAAAGAACCAGGGAGGCUAAAAAUAUUGCCCCAUAUGUUCCCCUAUUAGCAUAGGAUGGGGAAGCCUUAGUCACUUGAAUGGGAGAGAAAAUUCGCUCAGAGUCAUGCAUCCUGCAUGACAAAGGCUGGUGGAAUUUGAGGUCCCUUUACCCGUGAAACCCCUGAAGCCCCCCCCACCCCCCACCCCCGCCCCGUACACACAGACACACAGACAACACACACACACUUCAGCACAGCUUCUGGAGGUGGGCCCUACAAUGGUCUUUUGGUGGCAUUACUGCUUAUGUCUGAUUGUCCUGUAUUUUGUAACACUUUAGAAGAAUACGGCAAAGUGCAGUAAUUACCUUUCUCCAUAGUCUUUAAGCAGUGAUAUUGCUAGUUUAAUAUUGUGUCGGGUCGUCUUAUUAACCGGGAAGAGAUGACAGUCAAAUUCCAGUGAACAGUUACCUUGCCCUCCUCUCCUUAAACACGGCGAUUGCAGCGAAAUGUGUAAACGUGUAACCGGGUUAUCGUGUGCUUUGGCAUAGAGUAUUGUUGAAGUAAUUAGACGCUCUCUUAAGGUAUUCCUGGUAAUGAAGGCAUGUAAGUUAUAAUCAUUGUAGCUUUCUGAAUACGUGUCAAACUAUAUCUUUAAGUGUGCUGUAUGCUGAGUUACAAGUUAGGUCCUUUAUGAAUGGAAUGUAAAACAAUACUAAAAAUGCUUCA